CAGUCGUCAGAAUCGUCAACUCGUUCUCUCCAAAAUGCCAGAGACAGCUGAUAGACGAACGCUAAAGGGAUACAAGUUUAUUCCAUCAAUAAAAUUUCAAACAGACGAACAUGAGAAAAUAGGGGAGAAAUUGACAAUUGGAAAGGAAAAAAUUACUCUUCCAAAUGGAGUUCGUCUUCAGUUUGCAUAUAUCAUUGCUCUUGCUGGAGACUUUUAUGGCAUACCUGAUGAACCGAUUGUAAAUCCCUUGAACCCUAGCCAUUCUGAUAGAUUACACAGAUUCAUCAAUGCUUACUCAACUUUGGCAAACACCCCAUACAAAGGAGAGUAUAAGGAACAAUUAGAUAAAUUGGUCAAAAUGAUCAGAGAGGACACGGACGGACGGAAGCGAUUAUGUCAUCACACUGACAGAGAAUGGGACGAAGCUACCGGCGGAUGGUGGAUUGGUGAAUAUCCCGUAUGGCCAUGGCGUGGCAAUAUGCUGAGACUUGCAGAGAAAAAUUUUGAUCACUUUGGAUCCCGUGCUAAAAGGGCUUAUGAAACAGGACAUGGAUAUGCUAUUGAGAUAGCUCGGCAAGCAGGUCGCUCAAAAGGAAAAGAUAUUGGAGAAAAGCUGCGCGAUAUGGCCUAUUCAAUUGAGGCAUUUGCCCUUCAUUUUUUUACUGAUGCAUUUGCAAGUGGACAUAUUAGAACACCGAGAGCAGAACUUCAUUCUAACGUCACACCAAGUUUAACAGGAGAUCUUCUGUCCAAAUUCAUGCAUGAUGAGGACAACAAGUUUGGUCUUCGUGUUACCAACGUACGUGGAGAUAAAUGGAUUGCUUAUGGGGAUGGAAUGCUGAUGAAAAAUAAGGACAAGGAUAAUUUCAACCUUGUGGUGGAAGCUGCCCAGACAUCAGUGGACCAGGUAAUCAUGGCUUACGAUGUUCCCGAUAUAAAACUACAUCCAUGUGCAGUCACUGACUUCUUACCUUUUUUGGAUGAAAAAGAAAAAAAUAAUACGCCGCUGUUUCAAGUCAAAGAUGGUGAAAUACAUCUUAGAUCAGAUAUCAAUGAUCUUCAAUGUAAAGAAACUAUUACGGACUGGUGGGGAAGCACAACUGCUUGGGAGUUGUGGAGGUACAAUCCAAAGAAUCCAGCGAUACCUAUUUGAUGUAAACAAUGUGUCAGAAAUCCUUUUAUUUUGAUCUACGUGUAAUUUGCAAAGAAGAAAGAAUUUUAGGCCUGUUUACAGCAGCAAAUUUGCUGCGAUUUUCUUCUUUUGAUAGAUGUGAACGAGUCAAAAGUCACGAAUGCUCCAAUGUUUACGAGCUCUUAUUUUGAACAUCGUAACUAAUUCACUCUGCAUAUGAGUUAAUUCACUCUGUAUUGAGUUAAU